UCCACGCCUAGUUUGACUGAAGGUUGGGUGCAUUUUAGCCCUGGGGGUGGUUGGAACUUGUAAAACUCUCAGCCAUUUGGCAAGGAGUCUAGUUACUAACAAUCUACAUCAGUGGAUAACUUGAUGAACAGGAAACACUAUGGAGAUCAAACAAGGUGAUGAGCAGCAUUUAGGCAAGAGUAAACAGGACAGAAGUUCUAUAGGAAACACUGAUGACGGCCUGAAAUAUGAUAGUGGAGGCGUAGCCUAUAACUUCAGCUGCAUCCACAGCAAAGAUCUGCUGCCAGCUGAGGAUGGAGAGGAGGCAACUAAGCAUUUCCUGCAGGAGUUGGUAAACAUUUUGCUGGCCUAUGUCAGUAAAUCCCUGAAACGCAGCUCCAAAGUUCUGGACUUCCAUUAUCCUCACCAGCUUAAAGAAGGUCUGGAGGGAUUCAGCCUGGAGCUCCCUGACCAGCCAGAUAAUCUUGAGCAAAUACUGGUGGAUUGCAGAGACACACUGAAAUAUGGAGUUAAAACAGGUCAUCCUAGGUUUUUCAACCAGCUGUCAACUGGACUUGACAUCAUUGGUCUGGCCGGAGAAUGGUUGACGUCCACAGCAAACACAAACAUGUUUACUUAUGAAAUAUCCCCAGUCUUUAUACUAAUGGAGGAGGUAAUUCUGAGAAAAAUGCACACAAUUAUUGGAUGGCCUGAAGAGGAGGGAGAUGGCAUCUUUUGUCCAGGAGGUACCAUGUCCAAUCUGUACAGUGUGUUGUUGGCUCGGUUCCAUUUCUUCCCGGCGGUGAAGACCCAAGGGAUGUGCGCCAUUCCUCGCCUGGCACUGUUCACCUCUGCACACAGUCAUUAUUCAAUCAAGAAGUCUGCAGCAGUGCUCGGAAUUGGCUCUGAAAACGUCAUUGUCGUCAAAUGUGAUGAAAUGGGGAAAAUGAUCUCAUCAGAACUGAACUUCAGCAUUGAUGCAGCAAUGUCAAAGGGUCUGGUCCCAUUCUAUGUCAAUGCAACUGCAGGAACCACAGUCUAUGGAGCUUUUGAUCCUCUAAAUGAAAUUGCAGACAUAUGUGAACACCAUGGCCUAUGGAUGCAUGUGGAUGCUGCAUGGGGUGGUGGUUUGCUCUUGUCCAACAAGCACCACGUGAAACUGCAAGGAAUUGAAAGGGCUGAUUCUGUUACCUGGAACCCCCACAAAAUGAUGGGUGUCCCGUUGCAGUGCUCAGCCUUUCUGGUGAAGAGGAAGGGCCUCCUGCUGGAGUGCAAUCAAUUGUGUGCCGAGUAUCUCUUCCAAACUGACAAGCAGUAUGAUGUGUCCUAUGACACCGGAGACAAAAGCAUUCAGUGUGGAAGGCAUGUGGACGUCUUCAAACUGUGGCUCAUGUGGAAGGCAAAGGGCUCAGAGGGUUUUGAAAAACAGGUCAACCACUGCCUUGAAAAUGCAGAGUAUCUUUACUACAAGCUGAAGUGGAGGACAGAUUUUAAACUGGUCUUUAAAGAAAAACCCGAACACAGCAAUGUCUGCUUUUGGUAUCUCCCAAAACGAGUGCAAAACAUUCCUCCUGGCCCAGAGCGAGACAGAGAACUCAAUAUGGUGGCUCCAAAAAUCAAGGCAAAGAUGAUGGAGGAAGGAUUUGCAAUGAUCAGCUACCAACCUCUCGAAGAUAAAGUGAAUUUCUUCCGUUGUGUUUUCUCCAACCCAGCUACCCAGAGGGAGGAUGUAGACUUCAUAUUAGAUGAAAUUGCUCGUCUGGGCUGUGAACUCUAAAUCUGCCAGAGAACCAUUUCACUCCUGUGUGUGGAUAAUAUGCAGGAUAAAUAAACUCAGCAAAAAAAAGAAACGUCCUCUCACUUUUAACUGCUUUUAAUUUCAGCAAAAUUGUGUAAAUAUUUGUAUUCGCAUAAAAAGAUUCAACAACUGAGACGUAAACUAAACAAGUAUCACAGACAUGUGACUAACAGAAAUGGAAUAAUGUGUCCCUGAACAAAGGGGGGAUACUUCAAAAUAACAGUCAGUAUCUGGUGCGGCCACCAGCUGCAUUAAGUACUGCAGUGCAUCUCCUCCUCAUGGACUGUACCAGAUUUGCCAGUUCUUGCUGUGAGACGUUUCCCCACUCUUCCACCAAUUUACUUGCGGCUGUAGCUCAGGUGGUAGAGUGGGUUGGCCACCAAUUGCAGGGUUGGUGGUUCGAUUCCUGGCCCACACGACUCCACAUGCCGAAGUGUCCUUGGGCAAGACAUUGAACCCCAAGUUGCUCCCAAUGGCAGGCUAGUGCUUUACAUGGCAGCUCUGCUGUCAUUGGUGUGAGAGAAUGGGUGAAAGAGUCACAGUGUAAAGCACUUUGAAUACCGUUAAGGUUAAAAAGGCGCUAUAUAAGUGCAGACCAUUUACUUGCAAGUUCCUGGGGGGGGAUGGCCCUAGCCCUCACCCUCCGAUCCAAAAGGUCCCAGAUAUGCUCAAUGGGAUUGAGAUCCAGGCUCUUUGCUGGCCAUGUCAAGUGUCACUGACAUUCCUGCCUUACAUGAAAUUACACACAGAACUAGCAAUAUGUCUGGUGGCAUUGUCAUGCUGGAGGGUCAUGUCAGGAUGAGCCUGCAGGAAGGGUACCACAAGAGGGAGGAGGCUGUCUUCCCUGUAACGCACAACAUUGAGAUUGCCUGCAGUGACAACAAGCUCAGUCCCAUGAUGACCCUCCACCUCCAAAUCGAUCCCCCUCAAGAGAACAGGGUGUAAUGCUCAUUCCUUUGAUGAUUAAUGCAUCCGAUCAUCACCCCUGGUGAGACAAAACCAUGACUCCUCAAUUAAUAGCACUUUUUGCCAGUCCUGUCUUGUCCAGCGAAGGUGGGUUUGUCCCCAUAUGCGACGUUGUUGCCGGUGAUGUCUGGUAAGGACCUGCCUUACAACAGGCCUACAAGCCCUCAGUCCAGCCUCUCUCAGCCAAUUGGGGACAGUCUGAGCACUGAUGGAGGGAUUGUGCAUUCUUGGUGUAAUUUGGCAAGAUGUUGUUGCCAUCCUGUACCUAUCCCGCAGGUGUGAUAUUCAGAUGUACCGAUCCUGUGCAGGUGUUGUUACACCUGCCACUGCGAGGAUGAUCAACUGUCCUUCCUGUCUCCCUGUAGCGCUGUCUUAGGCGUCUCACAGUACAGACAUUGCAAUUUCCCUGGCCACAUUUGCAGUCCUCAUGCCUCCAUGCAGCAUGCCUAAGGCACGUUCACUCAGAUGAGCAGGGACCCUGGGCAUCUAUCUAUUGGCGUUUUUCCAGUCAGUAGAAAGGUCUCAUUUGUGUCCUAUAUUAUAUAUAUAUAUAUAUUAUGUUAUAAAAACCUAUACGUUUUUAUAACUGUGACCUUAAUUGCCUACCGUCUGUAAGCAGUUAGUGUCUUAACGGCCGUUCCACAGAUGCAUGUUCAUUUAUAUAUAUUUACAAAAUUAUCUUUAAAAUACAGUGUCCUGAAAAAGGGCCAUCUUUUUUGCUGAGUUUAUUUAAUGUAAUGGCUUUUAUUUAAUCUAAUGUAAUCUAAUGUAAUGUAAUGGCUUUUAUUUUAUUUAAUGUAUUACAAUUUAAUUGUAAUGGGUUCUUUCUGUAUGUCUCUAAUAGCAGUUGACAUUAUACUGUAUGUUCUGUGAGAAGAAGAAUUUUUAUUAAAUUCUUUUAUUUUUAGUACUAUUUGUAUAUAAGGAAGGAAUUAUUGAUAGUUUAUUAUUUGUGGAUGUAAACACUUUGUGGCACAAAAUCAUCCUCACUACCACUGAUCUUGUAGCUCAUGACAGAUAAACCUGUGAGUUAAUACAUAAAUUACAUUUGAAAAGCAGAGUUGAUGUACUCCGUGUAUUCUUGAAGUGGAAGCUUGAAUUAUGGAAGGACUUAAAUGGUGUGAGAUAACUCAAUAAUGUUGCAGUCUACUAGUGCCUUCUGCUGGAGAGUUGUUCUAAUGGCAGGUGCUACAUUGUUCAAGUGUCUAAGUAAUUAUUUUCCAUCAAUUUGAGACAGUACUGAAACAGGAGAGCAGUAAUAUAUUUAAGCAUAAGUGUAGUAUAUUCUAAUGGAAUAUAAACAAUAAAUGUUAACUUAAACAUCAAUUCUGAUUUAAUUUAAUAUAUUUCAAUCAAUGUGCUUAAAUCAAAUAGCAUUUUUUUUCUGCUUUUGAAUUUUUUCAGCUUUUUGGUUCUUCACGCUUGCCUGUUUGUCCUUGAUGAAAGGAAUUUCAUGAGAAAGUGACUAUUUAUUUAUUUGAAUACCACCUACUGUGCUAACCCCAUUACCACAGUAAUAAAAUUAUAUAGCAUGAAGGUCCCUCAGAAAAUUGGUUUCUUACCAAAGAACAACCAGUAAUUUAUUCAUCCAUUAAUACACAAAAGACAUUUUAGAUGGAGAAACAUUCACCCAUUUUUACCUAUAGCUCCUUUUAUUGAUGGUAAUAUUUAUCCAUUUAUUUAUCAAAUCUAACUUUCAAAAGCAGAUGAAAACAUCCUUGUGCAGAUGACAUGGUUUGUGACUGUGUGACUGUGAAGAUGGAUUGUGUCAGUGUUGUGUGUUAAUGGCCUGUUAAAGCUCCCUUUGGAUAGGUGAUUUACUAAAGUUACAGAAAAGAACUCGAGUUCCAGCAUUUAGACAACACAAUCAAUCACGUACAGUGUGGCCUGACACUCUUGCAUAAUUUCAGCAAACGUAUGCCAUUUUCUGUAGCAUGUUGACAGAUGCAGGCUGAGGUAAAUGAGGUGUGCUCUUCUGGCAUUUUUCUGUGAGUGGAUGGAGCUCUAAAUAUGCAUACUAUAUGUUUGAAUAUUUGAGAGCUUAAUGAUUGUCAUAUUUCUUAAAGGUAUAAUUCACCCCAAAAUUAAAAUUCUGUCCUUCUUUACUCGCCAUCAAACAAGGUUAUUAUAGCUUUAGGUUUUCAUUUAGUUUUCAUUUUUAUUUAGUUUUCAAUUUCAAAUUAUUAUUUAGUUUAUUUUCAGUUAUUUUACCAAGGACUUACAAUUGCUGAGAUUCACUCACCGACCACUUUAUUAGGAACACCUGUAAACCUACUUUUUCAUGCGAUUAUUCUAUCAGCCAAUGGUGUUGCAGCAGUGAAAUGCAUAAAAUCAUGCAGAUAUGGGUCUGGAUCAGAAUGGGUAAAAAUUUGAUCUCAGUGAUUUCAACUGUGCCAUGAUUGUUGGUGCCAGAUGUGCUAGUUUGAGCAUUUCUGUAGCUGUUGGUCUGGGAAAAAAAUCCAUUUGGACCUUUAAUUUGUCUGAAAAACUCAUCUUAGGUAAUAUAGAUCAAGAAUGUAUAACCCAAAUUAGAUUAAUUUAUUUUUAUGAAACUGAACACAUUUUAAAUUUGCCUAGUGCUGAAAAUUAUAUGUGCAGAACAUCAGCAACACAAACACUGUUUAUAUAGUGAGAGCAAUCUGUUAUUGAUCUGCAGUCAAACAACUUGUUGAUAACAUCAUUAAUAAUGUCUGUGGCACAAUGAUGUGAUGUGAUAAAGGUUUGUCAAUUAAAUGUCCUGGUGGCUGUGUGACCUCAUCUUUAACUUUAUCCAAAAUAAAUAGUUUUAAGGAGGCAGUGUAUUUGUUCAGAAUGGAAUAUUUGCUUCUUAGAUUACUGGAAAUAUAUAAAUGCAUGUAAAGCAUUGGUAUUAUUCCACAAUACACGUUUUAAACAAUAGUUUUCUUGAUUUUUGUCAUGAACAAGUAUAUGGAUAUUGAAUACAGUAUUCCACACAUUAAACUCUGUCAUAUCCUCCUGAGACCUGAGUGUGACUGAUUUGUGCAUUUUUCCAUUUCCCUUUUUGAUUUGUAACUAGUAGCAAAUUGAUGUCCACAUUUUUGGACGGCAGGAAAGCAGUAAGUUCUAACAUUUUAAAUAAUACUAAAGAAAGCUUUUUUUUUUUUUUUU